AUGCGCCCCAACCAUGUCAUCGUUCUCAUCGUACUCUUGGUACCAGUAUUCGCGUUCAUCGUAUAUAGAGUUGUCAUCCACGCCGCCUUCGUGUUCUAUCACAACCUCGCAGUGAACAACAUGAUGCUAGAGACACGAAAAGCAGAGGAAGCGAUCGACGCCCAGGAAGCUGAAGUAGCUCAGGCGACCAAUCUUCCCCCCCCUGGCCCUCAACCAGCGCAAGCAGUGCAGCCAGGAAGCCCGUCCACCACAGCUAAUAAUGGACAGCCGGCGAACGUACAACCGGACAACUCAGGGCAAACAAACCCAUCACAGCCAGCAAAUGGGCCCCCAGGAAAUGGCAACGGAAACGCACACGGCAAUGGACAUGUGAAUGCGAAUGGGAAUGGACAACUAGCCAACGGACACCCUCCUGCGAACGGAGCGGGGGGUGGAGGAGGAGCAGCACCGCCCACCGCCAUCAAUGGUCACCCCUAG